CCCAUCGGUACACUCUUUUAUACUGAUAGGUGGUCGUCAGUAUCCUAUUUUCUUUUCUGUGCCUUCAGGACAUUGGCGAGGAGGUAUCGGCGGCAGUGGCUGAGGCUGACAUCAGGGCAAAUUUACGCCUGUCAAGGAGACGGCAUUUCCGAUGUCUCGCUGUUCGAAUAGGGGCUGUGAGCACGAGACACGAAAGUCUCCAGAUUCAGUGCUUGCAGCCAGCGUCGAUGCGGUUUGGGGACUGGCUGCUGGCAGCACGUUGCAGCCUCCAGGCGACAACACAGGGGCGGCUAUCGGCGACGUAACACCAGAGCCGGGCGACAGCGACCCUGGGGAGGCUUGCCUGUCAACAGACAUGAAUAUCGAGCUACUCAAGGAGCCGGACUCCCUCAAGAGGCUACACUUUGAAGCAUCCUGCAAUUACGAGGUCUUCAUGGCAACACUCGAGCAGCACUGGAAGCCAAUGAUCCGUGCCCUACUCGGGGAGGUCCUGGAGAAUUGCCCUCCGUCCUGCAAGGUGGCCCGCCAGGGGGAGGCUUCCAGCAUGGCGGCAGUGCACAGUGGCAUAGCACGGAUGGAGAGCGUGGCACGUUGGGAGGCGGCAUCGGCCAACACAGCACGCUGCUGGGCGGCGGAGCAGCCCACCGGUUGCCUAGCCGGGCAAUGGCUUAAGGCAUGCCAAAACGGCAGCUGCAAGUUGCAGCAGGAGAGCCACCGCUUGGCGAACCGGGUUCACACCACUAUCGACGUGCUGGAAGGUAUGGUGAAGGAACUGAAGAAGAAGAGGGCAUUGCAGGGAGGGAUCUAAGAGAUGGUUGCCUGCCAGACCAAGGUGGUGAAUAAAGCCCUUUCCCGUUUGUCGUCGUGGCUGGGUGCUUCUACGGCUUAGUGCUUCCCUUGGUUGCUGGUCAGGAGUUGAGGGCGGCGAGGUGCUUGGUGUGGUGUCAAGGGAGGUUUAGGUUAUUGUCCUUAACUGUAUGUAGGCCGCACGGCGAGGUCCAGUUCAGUGCAGUACACAGCAACAGUAUAAUUGACAAGUAGGUACGGCAGAAAGAGGCAUCUUGAUGCACCUUGUUUACGGAUAAGACGCAAACACCGUUGUGAAGCACACCUCGUUCCUUAACAGUACGGCGAUAUAGUUUUAUGGGAUGGGUUAGGAGGCGGCCAGCAGACGCUGCACGGUGGCAUGCAGGUGAAGUGAGGGGGGCAGCACGCGGUGCAAGGUGGUAUGAAGAUCUGUUGUCACAUAUGUGAGUGCUGAUGCCAGUCAUGUAGCUGGGUAGUCGCUGGCGUUGCAUACACGCCAUGCAUGGGAGACGUGGGAGUUGCGGCGUUGUAUUGGGGUUGCCAACAAAUGCACGCGUAAUGCAUAAUUGGGGCAAGCAGGAUUGAGGGUAAAACAGAAUACAGUGUGGGAGGCUGGCGUUGGACCUAGGUAACCUUUAUUAUUAGCUUAUGCAACUGUUUCAUGGAGAGUUGGUGUGUGGGGGGCAGCGUCGGGGGUACCUUUUCUCCAUACAACCAUGAAGAGUAGUUGUUGCCUUGUGAGGAUAGCAUGCAUGCACUUAUUGAAGAGUGAUACCCCUUAGCUCGCGGUGAUGCGCCUAUGCUCUAUAUAGCUGGUUCACUGCUGUUUGUGAUUCCUUGCUUGGGCGUCAGCGUCGGGCAGGUUAGUAAUGCAGUCUAUUGCUAAGCAUGUGCAGUAUGGCAGUCGGUGGUCUUUGAGCUGCGUUGUUAAGAGCUGCGUCCUGCCUUAGCGCCAUGUACGCUAUUGUUUAGAUGUGGCGCCUUAUGUUCAGUAUUUGCGUCGCAUCUCGGUGUUAUAAGUUGCUUGCUUUGCCGUGGAUUGCGGAAAUGCAGCCGAUGUGUAUUGGUGCAUUGAAAAUCGCCAUCGCGUUAUGCAGUGGGUACCUUGCGCACAUGUAGUGUGCGGCCGCAGGCUAUUGUGUUUUUGCUUGAGUGCUAUGCAAUGCAUGUUGUGUUGUUCAUGCGGCAUGCCAGGAUGCCCUUGCAUGCGCAGUAGCGCACAAGUUGACGGUUGCCAUCACAGCUUUCUUGGCAUAGGGCAAGGGUUAAGCGUGCCGCGUGCGUGCGUGCGUCGGCGUAUGUUACAGUAGUUUACCAGUAGUUACUCCGUGUAAGGG